UUAAAAUCAUAAAUAAAAUUAAUGGAGAAGAUUUUUGAGGAUAAGAAUAAAGAGGAAGAGUACAAAAGGAUAUUUGAUGCUUAUGACGAUGACAUGGAUGGAAAGAUCCCUUUGAACUUCUUAAUCAAGCAAAUAAAGCACCAGGGGUUCAGCAUACUACAAGAGAAGCAUCGGUUCCAGGAGAUCAAGCAGUAUAUCAGCUCUUUGCCUCACAAAGAGAAAUCAAAUAUUGAUUUCCAAAAUUUCCAAGAUAUCAUGGAGAUGCCUGAUAGUGAUUUGAUAGAGAAAGCAUUAUUAGGCAAACUGAUCGUUCCAGACUUCAGUGAAUUCACUGAAAGUAUUGAGAAGAUAUAUGAAAUAGUUAAAGAAGUGAAAGACGGAGAGAAUGCAAGCUAUAUCCCUCAGCUUGCUGAAGUAGAUUCAAACCUAUUCUCCAUAGCUGCUUGAACAGUUGAUGGCCAACAAUGUGAUAUCGGAGACUCUGAUACCUAUUUCUGUGUCCAGAGUUGAUCAAAAGCUAUUUCUUAUUGUAUCGCUGUAGAAGAGCAUGGAAUUGACUAUGUACAUAAGCAUGUUGGGAAGGAGCCUUCUGGAGCAAGUUUUAACAAAAAUUUUCUGAACCCAGACAAUCUUCCUCAUAAUCCUAUGAUCAACUCUGGAGCAAUCAUGAUUGCUGCUUUGAUCUCUCCAGACCUAGAAAUGUACAAGAGAUAUGAAUAUGUGAAGAGAUAUUGGUCAAGUCUGGCCGCAGGUGCCAGAGUCGGUUUUCAAAAUGCUACAUAUCUAAGUGAGAAAGAUACUGCUUCGAGGAACUUUUGAUUAGGACACAUGAUGAUGGAUGCUAAGGCAUUCCCUGAGGACACAGAUUUAGACAACAUUUUGGAUUUCUAUUUCCAGCUUUGCUCUCUAGAGGUUACUUCCAAGGAUAUGGCAAUUAUUGCAGCUUCUUUGGCUAAUGGAGGAGUUUGACCAAUGACUAAUCAAAGAAUAUUUAAGGAAGAUACUGUCAACCAUUGUCUUUCUCUUAUGCACUCUUGUGGAAUGUACGAUUACUCAGGUGAAUGGGCUUAUUCAGUCGGAAUCCCUGCUAAAAGUGGUGUGGGUGGUUGUGUCUUUCUUGUUGUCCCAAAGGUAAUGGGUAUUUGCAUCUUCAGCCCCAGGCUAGACUCAAGAGGCAAUUCUGUAAGAGGAAUUGAAGCUAGUAAAUUGCUGCUUAAAGAAUAUACUAUGCACAGAUAUGACAAUCUCAAAGGUGUGGUGACUCCAUUCUCUCAUAAAAUGUCUUUACUGCAAUCUAUGGCUGAGCAGAAGAAUGAGUUUACUAAAGAUUUGCUAAAUGCAGUUGCUGAUGAUGACCUUCACCACUUGCAAUGUAUACUGGAAGAAGUUAAGGAAGAGAACUUUAAUAUCAACUCUAUAAGUGACUAUGAUGAUGUUACUCCUGCUCAUGUAGCUUGCUCAUUCAAUCAUGAGGAAAUCCUUCAUUAUUUGAUUGAACUGGAUGCUGAUUUCAACAAUGUUACUGAUAAAUGGGGUAAGACUCCUUUAGACAGAGCUUCAGAGGCAGGACAUAAAGAUGUGGUAAAGAUCUUGCACAAACUUUACGCUUCAGAGAAAGACCUUUGAUACACGACUGACUAAAUAAGUUUUGCUAAGUCUUUCUUUAAACAUUUCCCA